UUGGCAAUCCUACCUGCCUUCUAGGGCACGGAGACAGAUAACAAAGAAAAACAGAAAGUUCUAGCAUGAUAAGUGUUGUGGACAAAUAGGAAGCAAGAGUGUGUCUGUUUUCUUGCAGACUUCUGAGGGAGGCCCGUGACUCUGCCUUUGUCUCACCUCUCCUGCCUCUGACUACUUGGUAAUCAGCUCCAGUGUUGGCCAAGCGCGAAGGAAGCCAGUGCCCAGGUGAGAAGCGGUGACCUGGAGAUCCACGGGCUGCAGCAUGGGCUUGGACCAGGGCAUAGACGAGGGGAUCCCCCAGCACCACGAAGGGGAGGUGUGUGCUGUCAACAGCUCUUGCACCAGAAGAGACAGCUUCAGUGUUCCAGAAUCUUCUCCAUUUUUCCAAGGAAGCCACUUCAUGGCAGUCACUGCUGGACAGAAGGAAAUAGGAAGUGUGCUCAGUGCGUGGGGCUCCAGCUUUCUCGCUCCAAUGGACUUUACCUGGGUAGGAACUCAGACUUCGCUCUUGCUGCUCCUGGGAUUUCUCCUGAUGAGUGCUCUUGGUUUCAUCUGGAAACUUCACUGGGAGAAAGAGCAAGAAUGCCAGACCAAAGAGAAACUUCAAAGAGAGCUCAGCUGGAGAAAAGCUCAGGAAGUAGACGUUUGGAGAAAAGCCCGGUCCUACGCUGCCAGUGUGACUCUCGAUCCAGACACUGCCCAUUUUGAGCUCUUUCUGUCUGAAGACCACAGAAGCGUGAGGCGGAAGGAAACACGGCAGAACCUCCCCGAAAAACCUGAAAGGUUUUCUGUUGACCCUUGUGUGCUGGGCCGCGAGGUCUUCUCUUCGGGGAGACAUUACUGGGAGGUAGAGGUAGGGAACAGGACUUACUGGGAGCUGGGGGUUUGUGAGAAAAACAGGGAAAGAGAGAGGGGGAUCAGAGUAUCACCCCAAAAUGGAAUCUGGUCUGUGGAACUGUAUGCUCAUAAGUGCCAAGCCCUCACCUCCCCACCGACACCCCUCCCCCUGAGCACACCCCCUAGUCGGGUGGGCAUCUUCUUAGACUAUGAGGCUGGGGCCGUCUCCUUCUUCAGCGCGGCUGAUGGAGCCCACAUCUACACCUUCCCCCAGGCCUCCUUCUCUGGGCCCCUCCAUCCUUUCUUUGGCCUCUGGCUCCAUGACCCAGCUCCUCUGACCAUCUGCCACUGAGGACCAGUCCCCAGAUCUUCUCUCAGCCAAACCUCUGGAGAGCAUGAAUUGCUCUCUGGGGUUGAGGAGUUAUUACCAGGGACAAGGCCCCCCAGGCCUCCACACCAACCAGUGAUGAGUUUUGCUACCAGAACAGCAGCUGCACUGUCCAGUCCUCUUCUAGCUCAAUUUCAAUAUCCCUCUCAAUGUUUUGUAAUUUUUAAAACCUAGACUCCCCCCUCUCACCACCCCAGUUUGUAAAUUUAUCUAUUUCUCUUUCCUCUGAAUAACUUCCUGAAGUUAAAAUCAGUUACAAUUAAAUUCACAUUGUCUAACUUUUUUCUACGCUGUCUGUGUUUAUCUAUUGUACUGUGACUUGUUCCUUUGCUGAACACUGCAUCUUGAACACUAAUCUUUUAUUAUUUGUAAUC